CCAGAAAGCCCCGGUUCUCUGUGACCAACCCCGGCCUAGAACUGCGUCUGGCCCAUCGCUCGAAUCUCGCCUUUGACACGCCUUCUUCCACGCUCCUUGCGCCUGGCCAGCCUAAGAUCGCGGUUGACUCAUUCCGGGGCUACCCAGUGCGACUUUCCACCUCCUCGGCGUCCUACUUCUUUCCUUACUCACCGUCGUCUGUCUACUAGGAUGCUGCGGGGUGCGUUGCCUCUCCACGUAGCGAGGACUGUCUGCUGAUCUCUCUCCAUGUGAAGAUUGAGUCCGGACAUUGUCGCACGGAGCAAGUAAAGCCACACGACAUCUUUGGAGCUUAUCUAUGCGGUGAGUACUGUCAAUUGUCAUGUUCGUAAUGACGCUGCUCAUCCCCCAAUAGCAUUUCCUGACCCCGCCAUCGCCCCGCCAGAUAUUCCCCAUCGGUCCAUGCGCUCAUGCAUGUCGAUUCUCGUGCUGGUUCUUGACAGCUCCAGAGUCCCUAGAGUACCUGCCCUUCGUUUUACUUGUCAUAGUCAUCUACUCCCAGCAUAUCAACCCCAAUUCGUCCUCUGCAAGGAUAGCCCUCGUCAUCCCUUCCAACCGUGUUUUCCUGUCUGUCGCUGUGUAGCCCCAUCGUCUCCUCCCUUUUCAACCUCCUUACAUCCUGCAACGCAUUGCUUUCGCAGCCCAUCCGCUGUGCGUCGUUCAUGAUGGCUCAUGAAGUCGGCUCUCGCUGUGGGAAGCUCAAGGACGGGCCUUCAUCACCGCAGAGGUGCACCAGAUACCUGCUGCCGCUCAAAGUUAUCAUCGGCCGCAUUGCUCGGGGCAACUAAGUUCAACGGGGUACUGUACUUCCCGGAUCAUUUCUCCGGAUUGCUCAUUCCUCAAGUGCGGCCUUCUUCUCUAGGUGGGGAUAUAUGCCGCAGGAACGCCGUUUCUCUUGUUCUCGGACCGUUUCAGCUGGCUGUCUGGCGUAGCUAAGACUGAAGACGCGGAACGAACAGCCGCAUCGGGAGCAGCAGUGGUCCGCCCGUGACCCUGGCACCCAGACAGACGGCCGACGCUGCGGUGCCCGAGGAGCAAGAGUUGCGUAAAUCUUCUGCGCAAUUUUUCUUUCUUUCUUUCUCUUUCUCUUUGAGCGCAACACCUCUAGCAGCUCCAGACUCUCGCCCCCUUGAUUUCGCAGCUGAGGAAGUGUUCGACCCGUCCGGCAAAUGCUUGCUCAAGUCCUUUGCGCUGUACACUUGCAGUCAACCAGAGCACGAAGAGUAGGCGACCACAAUCUGCUGCGCCAAGGCGUCGAUGUCGAUGUCAUUCAGCGUCGUCAGUUCCGAUUCGACAUCACCCUUGUUUACUUCGACGAACUACCUAUGGUGCGCCCUACAGCCUCUGUCGUGCUCUUUGGAUAAGGAGUUCGAGAAGCCGGCCGAGGGGAAGGAGAAUGCUGUCUUGGCCGUCUCGGUUGCGGGUAGCAAGACCAAGGGCUGCAUACGAUAUGGACGGGCGGUUUGGCUGGUGGAGGAACCAGCGCCGUUGCGGGCUUCACGAGCGGAGCGUCAGUCAUGGCUGCGCUACGAAGGUAAACCGCAUAUGCUCUGUCUAACUUAUGUCAUUAACGUCAGCCUUCCAGACCUUCUUCGUCGUGAACUCAGACAACAUGGAGCUCAGGAAAGGCCGCAGUCCGCACGUGCCUGUGAUGGAUGCUGUUGUACCAUCUUUCCUGUACAAAUCUGCAGCUGCGAUAACAACGAUACUGUGGGCGACAUAUGUCGUCGGCGCUCGUGGGAACAUGAUCUCGAGUUUUUUGUGGCGGGUUCCCGGAUGGCUUGUCUGUGUUCGCUGUUGUCGCCGAGUAAAGAUUUCUCUUUCAUCAUAGAUUUUUAGAAUAAUGAGCUUGGAUGUAGCACUACGACUACGUAUAACAUUAGGACUUGGCGCGACAUGAGUCGGGAAAAUUGUAGAGCCCUGCACGGCGACAUUUCCCCG